GCUUUGAAAAGCUCUCAGUCCAAAAUCCCCAAUUUUCGCUGGGAAGUUUAGUUAUAAACCCUAAUUUAUACUCCGCACCAUUCGUAAUUCUCGAUCAGUCAAUCAAUGGACGGCCACCCCUCGCAUCUCACGGCCUCCGUUCGUUCCCGGAGUUCCCAAUCUCCUUCGCCUUCUCACUCCGCUUCCGCCUCCGCCACCUCCUCAAUCCACAAGAGGAAACUACCGCCUGAAGACCACGCGCCGCCUUUCCCGCCUUCGUUCUCCGACACGCGCGACGGAGCCCUUACGUCUAACGAUGACCUGGAGAGCAUCAGCGUCCGCGGAGCCGACUCAGAUUCUGAGGAUGAGUCUGAAGAAGUCGUCGACGAUGAGGAGGAAGAGUACGAUGACUCCUCCAUGCUCAAUUUCACUGCUUCUCGGCUGGAGAACAGUAACUCUGCUGGUCCUACAGCCAGGAACACUAAAAUGAAGGCAGAUAAUUCGGUUAAAAUCGAGUCUGCUGAUGUAGCUAAGGAAAGUAAUAACAGUAGUAACAAUAAUUCUGGUAGUGCCGUGGCGCCUGGGGCCAAUGGUUCGAUCCCGGGAAUUCUGGUAAAGGAGGAUACAGUGAAGAGUAUUUUUACCGAUAAUAUACAGACCAGCGGCGCCUAUAGCGCGAGAGAGGAGAAUUUAAAGAGAGAAGAAGAAGCAGGGAGGCUCAAAUUUGAAUGUGCUUCAAAUGAUGGCAUUGAUGAACACAUGGUUUGGUUGAUAGGAUUGAAGAACAUUUUUGCCAGGCAACUUCCUAAUAUGCCAAGGGAGUACAUUGUACGGCUCAUAAUGGACAGAAACCAUAAAUCUGUCAUGGUCAUCCGACGGAAUACAGUAGUUGGUGGUAUUACAUAUCGCCCCUACAUCAGCCAAAAAUUUGGAGAGAUAGCUUUCUGUGCUAUCACAGCUGACGAACAAGUUAAGGGCUAUGGCACACGACUUAUGAAUCAUUUAAAACAGCAUGCACGGGAUGCAGAUGGUCUGACACACUUCCUUACAUAUGCUGAUAAUAAUGCUGUUGGUUACUUUGUCAAGCAGGGCUUCACCAAGGAAAUUCACUUGGAGAAAGAAAGAUGGCAUGGCUAUAUCAAGGAUUAUGAUGGAGGGAUCCUUAUGGAAUGUAAGAUAGACCCCAAGCUUCCAUACACUGAUCUAUCAACUAUGAUACGUCGUCAAAGACAGGCAAUUGAUGAAAAGAUAAGAGAGCUCUCAAAUUGUCACAUUGUCUACCCUGGAAUUGAUUUUCAGAAGAAAGAAGCUGGUAUUCCUAAAAAAUCCAUCAAGGUUGAGGAUAUACCUGGCUUGAGAGAGGCGGGUUGGACACCUGAUCAAUAUGGCCAUUCUCGAUUUAAGACAAUAAACUCGUCAUCGGAGGCUGGCUCACAUCUGAAAUCCUUGACUGCGUUUAUGCGCUCCCUUGUCAAGGCAAUGAAUGAUCAUCCUGAUGCUUGGCCAUUCAAAGAACCAGUCGAUGCCCGGGAUGUGCCUGAUUACUAUGACAUAAUCAAAGAUCCAAUGGAUUUGAAGACUAUGUCGAAGAGGGUCGAGUCGGAGCAAUACUAUGUGACAUUUGAGAUGUUUGUUGCUGAUGUUCGGAGAAUGUUCUCAAACGCCCGCACCUACAACUCCCCGGAAACCAUCUAUUACAAAUGUUCAACCAGGCUUGAAGGGCAUUUCUCGAACAAAGUUCAAGCUGGUCUCCAAUCUAGCAUCAAAAUUCAGCCACAAUAAGCUCAGAAAGAUCGAAUCGGUAGAGUUUUUGGAGUAAUAAGAAUAUACCCAUCUAUCUAUGAUCGACGGCAAUGACAAAAGCUGACCCACAAUUGAGCUGACAGCGACGACUGAGCUCCGGGGAACGGAGGUGGGCUUCUUUGGCGACGAUGUUCUUGCCUCACAAAUUGUCUGAAAAAAAAGAAAAUCAUCUUUCGUGCCUCUACUUUUUCAGGCCAGGUCGAGAAGGUGUCCGAAUAAUGAUUUCGAAAAUUUUCUAUUGUAUGAUUUUGUGUUCUGGUUUGGCAGAAAUUAGCCUCGAAGUCGAGGAGGAAGGCUUCGAAAAUAGGACUGAUGUGUGAUAAAAAAAAAAGAUGCUAAUGCUAUAUGAUUUUAUUUUAUUGCGCCAUUAUUCAAUAAAUUCUAGUGACUAAAAUCAAAAGAUUAAAGCCAACUAACCUUUAUUAUUUUUAUUUUAUAAAAUAUUAUACCAUUUCCGUCUA